CUUCAUCACUGCUCAUCGUGUCCAUCAAGAUCUGGCCAGAGAAAUAAGGAGUCCUGAAGUGCAGCCGCUGACUUUACCUGAAAGAAAGAGGCCUCACUGAGAUAUCGCCAUGUCAGAUGAUGGAGAAAAUACCACCACCCAACAGUACUACUAUGAUUAUUCAGGCUAUUAUAACGGACUUCUUCCAGACUUCACUCCUUGCAACAUUGCUGAUUUGAAAAAUUUCGGCAAAGUGUUUCUGCCCACUCUCUACAGCUUGGUUUUCAUCCUUGGCUUCUUAGGCAAUGGCCUAGUGGUGUGCGUCCUGGUGUAUUACCGCAACCAGACCAACCUGACAGACAUCUGCCUCUUUAACCUGGCCAUCUCCGACCUCCUCUUCGUCCUCACGCUGCCUUUCUACUCUCACUACUCUGUGGUUGGUCAGUGGAAUUUCGGAGACUUCAUGUGCCGUUUUGCCACUGGCUCCCACAAAACUGGCUUCUUCAGCAGCAUCUUCUUCAUGGUUGUCAUGACGCUGGACCGUUACGUGGUCAUCCUGCACGCUCACACAAUGGCGCGUUAUCGCACUCUGAAAGCAGGAGUUGCUGUGAGCUUGCUGGUCUGGAUGCUGAGCUUGUGCGUCUCUUUGCCGGAUAUCAUCUACACGAAGGUGACAAAUGAGUCUAACGGGCUGGCUUGUAGCUACGUCCCUGAAAAUGACUCCUGGAAGAUCUAUAACAUCUUCUCAAUAAAUGUGUUGGGUCUCGUGAUCCCCUUGUUGGUGAUGGUCGUCUGCUACGCCAGAAUCAUCCCCAUACUGGUGAACAUCAGGAGUGCAAAGAAGCACCGUGUUGUCAAGCUGAUCAUCACCAUAGUUGUCGCCUUUUUCUUAUUCUGGGCCCCAUAUAACAUCAUUCUUUUCUUGGGGUUCCUGAAAUCUGAGGGUGUAUUGCAGAGCAGCUGCAACAUCGAAGGGCAUUUAAGGCUGUCAGCCAUAGUGACUGAGACGUUUGCUUAUACCCACUGCUGCCUGAACCCCAUCAUAUAUGCCUUUGUGGGACAGAAGUUCAUGAAACGAGCCCUUCAGCUGUUGAGGAAAUGGGUGCCUGGGAUUAACUUCACCUUCCCCAGAGAUUUCUCAGACAGCUCAUACAGGAAAACCUCAGUUGUUUCCAGGUCCUCUGAUGCCACCUCCACUUUCAUCAUGUAGGAGGUGGAGGGCAGAUUAUGUUGUAUAUGUUGUGCUUUAUGGACAUCACCUGCUGAGUUGACAUGUUUUUAUCCACGUGACCUUGUUAUUAGGCUACUGCUGCUACUGCUGACCAUAUUAUAAUUUUUCAUGCUGCAUGAUUUCUUUUGUCAGCCUUAUUCAACACAUAAUCUUAAAAAGCUGCCUGAAGGCUGCCUGUAGCUAUAUAUUAUUUACACCUUAGACUUAAGACUCUUUUAGUUUUAUUUGCACUUUGAAUUUGCACUAAAAUAUUUGUUUUGACAAGGGCUGCACAAUAUAUUGUUUUCCUCUUUUGAUAUUGGAUGAUAAACACAUUGCAAAAUA